GAAGCAGAGCGCGUGGCAGGGGUGAGGUAUAAAAGUGAGCGGUGGACCACCACUCUGGCAUAGUUCACGAACCACGUGUCUGGCGGCCGCAUCACUCGCAAAAACAAUGAAGCUUCUGGUAACUUUCUGUGCUGUGGCGUCCCUGGCGGUAGCUCUUCCUCAGAGAAGAGCACCGUCGAAGCCGGAGCAGGCGCAGUCAUUCGACGACCAGCAAGCUGCCGAACAGAACUACAACAACUACCCCCAAGACUACAGGCAGCAGCAGCAGCCGCAGGAGUUCAGACAGGCCAAGCAGAUCGACGACUUCAGACCUAAAGUGCAGCUGGAAACUACCACCUUCAUUCCCAUCAUUCGUUUUGAUAAGGAGCAAGGCACCGAUGGAAGCUACAAGACUGCGUACGAAACCGGCAACCACAUCCAAGCCGAAGAAUCCGGUUUCCUGAAGUCCGUCGGAGAGGACCAGAACGCGCUGGUCCAGCACGGGUCCUACAGCUACACCGCCCCCAAUGGGGAGGUCAUCACGGUCGAGUACACCGCUGACGAGUUCGGCUUCAGGGUCAAGGGAGACCACAUCCCCACCCCGCCCCCGGUGUCCCCUGAGAUCCAGAAGGGAUUGGACCUCAUCUACGCCGGAAUUAAGGCUAAUGCGGAGCGUGACGCGUUAGAAGCCAAGAACAACCCCGAGGCCGCCAGACAACAGCAAGAUAGGGCAGCCCUUGACUAUAAGGGCCAAUACUACCAGCAGUAAACUCUAGUGUAAGGACUUAAGGGCUAACCGUACUCCGUACCUGUGAAGUGAGGGGCUAUGACGUCAGACACUACGCAACUUAAAACCAUAGAUACUCAUUAUUUUUAAUAAAAUAGUUACCGAUCUUUACGGUAGGAUAAAAAUGAUGUCGUAAAUAUCCAACAGUGGUCUAAUUUUUGACUGAUUGAUAAGCCACUGCCAUUCCAAUCAGUCCAAAUCCGACCAUGCCAUAAUGAAGUAAUAUGUUCACUAUAUUAGUGCAUAUAAAAGCAAGUUAAUCAAAUAAAAUUUUGGUUUAAGCUUUAAUUUACCUGUAUUGUUGGUACGAACGUUAAUUUACAUAUUUUGUC